AUGAACAAGCUCAGUUUGGUUUUCGCUUUCCUGUUCCUGGGAGUCGCCAUCGGCGAACUUCCGCCGGAGUUCAACUAUGAAGAAGUCCCAACUCUCUUUGAGAGCCCGCCAGGACCUGCGCCCGAGGGCGUUUACUUCGAGCCCGAUGAUAUGGACGACAACCCAGAGUUCCAGGGUCGCGUUGUUGGAGGAACUUCCGCCACUUCCGCCGCCCAGUUCCCGUACCAGGCCAGUCUGAGGACUGCUGGCAACGCUCACUUCUGCGGCGCCACGAUCAUCGCCUCCCGAACCGUGCUCUCCGCCGCCCACUGCACAGUCGGCCGCGGAACCGGAUCCACUCGCGUGGUCGUUGGAACGCAUCUUCGCCUGUCCGGCGGAGUCUCUCACGCCGUCAACAGGAUCGUCAACAACCCGAGGUACAACGCCAACACCAUCGCCUUCGACGUCUCCAUCGUGCAGACCAGCGCCACGUUCACCUUCAACAACAACGUGCGCCAGAUCGGAUUGGGCUCUGCUCACGUCGGAGGAGGCGUCGCUGCCCUUGUCUCCGGAUGGGGCCAGACUUCCCACCCCGGAAGCCUUCCCAACGCUCUCCAGUGGGCGCGUCUCACCACCCUCACCAACGCCAACUGCCGCAGCCGCCACACCGCCAACAACGCUCGCAUGGUCUUCGACCACAAGAUCUGCACCUUCACGCGCGUCGGCCAGGGAAUCUGCAUGGGCGACUCCGGCGGCCCGCUCGUGAUCGGAAGCAACGUCAUCGGAAUCCCAUCCUGGGUCAUCCCGUGCGCCCGUGGCUUCCCGGACGUGUACGACCGUGUCUCCAGCCACAGGAGCUGGAUCAUCUCGGUCAUGUAA